AUUAAAUGUUAUUUUGACUUAUUAUUGGGUAUUCUUAUACUAUUAAUUAUUAUUGUAUAAGAAUCCAUCAGUAAUAAUUCUCAAUUUGGUAAGAGCUUUCAACUUCAUUGUGCCUAAAUUGUUUUACAAUCUACUGUACAAGUAUAGUUUUCAUAGAUAGUGAAGGUAUCAAAAGAAGACUCAUGUGGGUAUUUAAAUAUUUGCUCUGUAAACUUCAACGUUUGUUCUCAAGAGUAUUUUCUGUUAUACUAAUUCAGUCAUCUGUUAUAGCAAUGAAGUGACACUUUACAUUUGUAAGAUUAUUAGUGGAUCCACAGGAAGUACAAUGUUCAAAGUACCAAUAAUUCUACAAAGACUUGUUCUAGUUUCCAGGUUGAUGCCAUAACCUUGAUAUAUUUGUUUCCGACGUUUCUUGAACAUUCCAGUUCACUUCUGUAGAAAAAAACUUCAGUAAAAGAAUGACCAGAGUGACCUGAGAUCUCAGUCUCAUAUCGUACCUCUACUGAAGAAAUCUGCAAAAGUGAUCUGGAAUGUUCAUAAAAAGUCAAAAAUAAAUCCAUGAAUGCAUCAAACUCGGAAGUCACACCAAGCGUUUCAUAUCACGGAAAUCUAAAAUAUUACACUUCACAAAGCAUCUGAAGUUUUAUAAAAUCCUUGCAUUAGACCUGCUUACAUGAGCCUGUUGGUCUUCCUUUUAAGAAUCACUAUUUCGCGAACAAAUGAGCUACUCAAGACUGCUCGCUCCAACAAUGUUGAACCAAUGCUUGAGUCUCGCGCUGUACGUCGUCUGCAACUUUAAUCUUAUCUUCCCCAAUGCCUUAUCGGUUACUGGUACCGCUUAAUCCCCCCGAUCAUUUGCUCAUGAAUGAUUCGCCUGCUCGCCUCAGUCAUGCGCCAAAACUGAAACGUCCAGCAAAACGCAUUGUCUGCGUUGUUCCCGCACUACUUUUUACAAUGAGAGAAAGGCGAACGGGCUUACAGUUGCCGUCACAAUAUCUAGAUAGAAUAGACUUGGGUAAGCCAUGGAGAUGAUGAUAGUGUUCGUUUACGACACUGCUAAGUGUUGUAAAGAGGAGGAUGACCCUGCCGAGGCAGUCAUGUAUUUUCAUCCGGCCUGGGUGUCCCUGACGCAGAGACUAGCCCUAGCAGGACAGCUGAUGGGUGUGUAUCACUUCUUGUCAACGUCGUUUUCUGCUCCACGAUCCAUCACAUUGCAAGGUGGGAAGUUUGUGUUGGUGAAGCUUGGCCAAUAUGUACUGGCCGUAGGAACAGACAGAAACAUACAAGACUGGAUACUUGAAAGACGCGCGGACAUACUGGAGUCGUUGUUAAAGUUUUUUCACUGUGAUCUCGUCAAGAUACUGGAUUCCUUCAACAAUGACCGCAAUAGAUUCACCGAAAAACUGUAUCAGAUGUUCGAGACUUACCUGCCAAUUUUGCAAUAUAGUGCCAAUUUAUUUUCGAACAUUCCCGUUAUCAAACUUCCAAAGAGUGCCAGUAACAUAUUUUUAGAAGCAAUCCAAAUGUUACAACACUUUCAACAGACAAACGGCGUUUUGGGUGGAGCAUUGUUCUACAAUAAUAAGAUAGUUGCUACACAGUUGGGCGCAGACUUAACAAAGCAGAUUGUCAUUACCGACCCUUACAGGAUAAAGGCUCCCGCGGAGAAGGUAUCCACACAGUUCCAUUUGCCAGUCGGUGUUCAGUUGCUGCAAGUGUACAUAGAACGGAAACAAUUUGAGAAACUGAUGCAAGAUGCGAACAACGAACGUUAUUAUCACUCAUAUCUCGACACAGCAAUGAAGAAAAUUCCACAGAGAAAGAACACGGUGCCACAAAAGGGAAGCAGCACCAAGGAGCCUCCCGUUAGCGGCGCAUCUUCCGGCAUGAAGCGAGACACGUCGCGGAUUUUCACGGUACUUGAAGAGGGCGAAGAGGGCGAACCGACGAAUUUCAACGACGAUACGGCGACGUUACAAUAUGUACCUUUAGUGCCCGCGACAAUUCAGGAUUCGUCGCCGCCGAUCAGACGUAAGCAACAGGAGACCAAGCAACAAGAACGCGCCAUCAAGGCCACAAUCCCCGCUACCGCUAGCUCGCUUACACCUAGUGUAUGCGCGACGCCAUUGAAAGACGUCAACCGUGUGCUGCACGACAUGGCCAUGCUCAUCUGCAGCGCACCAGAAGAAGUAGAGAACGGCGAAGAAAAGAAUGAGAGCGAUCGCGGUAAUGGAAACGAAUGUAAGACGUCGACGAGUUCAUCGAACAACCAUGACGAUGAUGACAUCCCGGACGUCGUCAAGGAAGCGCUCAGAUGCAAACGUCUGAACAAACUGAGGAACGCCACAUCGAAGGAAAGGUUGAUGAAGAGAAAGGAUCUCGACAGAAGGAGCGCCAGUUUACCAGAUCUGACGUCAGUUGACCCGUGCUCAGGCAGCUCUUCUAGGAUUUGCCUGCCGGAACUGAGCAAAACGUUAUCGAAAUUCGACCAGGUUUCUCCAGACUUCAAGUCAGACUCAUUUCACCGUAAAUCGCACACCAACGAAAGUGACAAGCGGCAUUCACGCACCAUCACCGAUCCUUGCUUUCCCGUGUUUCGGUAUGACGGUCUCCCAGUCUCACAGUCUUUGUACGAACAAUAUGUUACGGCCCGCUACGACUGCGAGUUACGCGACGAUGACGGCGAUAGCGGUGUCUACAUGCAUCGUAAAGAUAAGUUGUUUGAAGAGCAGUUAUGGGGAAAGUUGCCCAACGACUUGACGAAUGCGAAAUCAUCACUGACUGACGACGGUUCGACAACGACGGAUGCUGGCAAAGUAUGCACGCCCGAGGAUGGAUGCGCCUACGGCCUCAACAGAAAUCAACAGCAGCAACAGCAGCAAUCCCACAACAGCAACAGAAGAUCGAUGAGGUUGCCGCUGAAACCAAUAAAUCUGACGAACGAGGAAGAUCAUUGGGGAACGUGCAGUGGUUCGAAAUCGUGCAACUUGACGUAUCUGCGGAAGGAUGGAUUGGACGGUCUGCAACUUACCCCGUUGAUAUCGAAGCUCAGUGUGCUCGCUCACGAGCAACGUUGUUGGGGCCCUCGGGACAACAAUACACCGAGCGAGAGCCGUCCAGACCCGGCAUGUGCAACCUUUGCCGCAAUUGUGCCUGCCGCAAUUACACCUGCCACGAUGUGCAACCUAACAGAGCAGCAGCACCUUACGGAACAGCAGCAAUCCCAAAAGGAGGAGCAGCAACAAACGGAGCAACAGCAUCCGAUGGAGCAGCAGCUUCCGUUGGAGCAGCAACGUCAAAUAAAACAAGAGCAACACCUACUGGAACAACAGCAUGUAGUGAAACAGCAGCAGUUGACAGGCCAUCAACAUCACCUAAUACAGCAGUUAACUGGGCAGCAGCAUCUACUGGAACAACAUCAUCUGACGGAGCAACAACAACUGAUAGAACAGCCAUAUCUGAUGGGACAGCAGCCGCAGCAAAUGACGGAGCAAGAGUCCGAGAGGAUAACAAGUUGGAGCAACAAGGAGGAGAGCAACAACGACGACGAAACGAACCACGAACAUUUAACGGGCCACGUGGACGAAAGAAAUUCGUGCGCACAGUCCACGACUUUAAUUCAGACCGAACUGUUCGUUUGUGGCCUGCAGAACAUGGUACUGGUGCUGCUGAUGGAGAACGGUACUGCGAACAAUCCCGAACUAAUACACGCUCUCUGGCAAACCUGCGUGAGCACCCUAGGGAAGCUCGAAACACGGCUGCAACAAUGUUUGGAACCGCUCCCAUCUACAGACAACAAAGAACAGUACAGCAUUCUGAACGUGGACCCUCAGUGGGACACUAUUCAGAGAGCAGGUUUAUGGGGAAUCACCGAUCUAGAUAUCGUUUCCAGUCUCCACGACAGAUUCCUGCGUUCCCGUCGCCAAACGAAUGGUUCACAAUACUUAACGGAGUUAAUAAUCAGGAAAGAGGACUCAGUGAUUUACGGCAACCAGUGCGGGAGGAUGGAGGUGUACUACCAGCAAACAGUGUCGCCGAGCAGCUUCGGGUCACUGCCAACUCCAGCGGACCUAAUGGGAAUCGUAGCCCUCAAGGCAAAACGUAGACUGGAGAGAGAUCAUGGAAUUGUGCUGCUGUAAAUGGAAUUGCAUAUCACUUGUGUCGCAGUGAAUGGUAGCGUGCGCAGCCGAGAAUUCGUGUUAUUUUUAACCCUCGUGUGAUCGCAAAAGUGAGAUAUGCUAUUUGCACGCUUAACGCUAAGUUUGCUUAAUUUGCAAAGAAUGUAAAUAUGAAAAUUUUCGCCGACAAUGUGUAUUUCGCUGCUUUGAAUAAGCUAUAAUAAUAAUAAUAUGUCUGUAUAUUUCUCAAUGUAAUUUACGACCGGAAAUUUGAGCAUACAAUUUUUCGAGAAUUUAAUUUGAAAAUAUAAUUAUUUUAAAGUGUGACUAUCAUAACAAUAUGAUGCGCGUUGUAAUUAUACGAUAUAUAGAAUAUAAGACGGGAAUUAAGAUCUUAUAAUAUCCAGUAAUGGUGUUCUUUUUUUAUCACUAAUGUCUAUUUUUUCAUAAAUAUCGAUUAAACUUUAGUCUAAAUUUAAAUUAGGAGUUUGAAUAGAGUUUAAACUUAGACUCUCUUUCUCCCUCUCUCUCUCUCUCUCUCUCUAAAGUUUAAUCGAAUUGUUUUUUUAGUAGAAACGAGCGUAAAUAAUCCAUUUUUUCGAAGCAGCUGACGAGAGAAAAUUCAAUAUAAUCACACGAGGGUUAAUUAUUCCUUUAUUCGUUAUAACGCACGUUACGUUAUGUUCCCGGCUAGGGCGCCAUUUUGUACAUAUUUUUCCACGCUUGCAGAUUUAAGUGCAGGUUAAAUGCAUUAAUUAACGCAAAUUGCCGCAUAUACAUUGUGAAUACAUUGUGAACGGGAAAAUUCGUUCGACCGCGUCGAGAUGAUUUUAUGACAGUAAAAAGGAUACGGCUGACAGAAGCGUUUUUCUACAUAUGUAUUUUUGUAAACACAGGAUAAUUCGCAGGAAAUUGGUUACGGUCGCGAACAAGAGCUUUUAUAUGUCGCCGAAGUCCCGGACGGCACGGUAUACUCUAUGAAAAAUUUUAUGUAAGCGCGGCAAGUAUAUACUCGUGCUUUCUGGGAUGUAUAACUUAAUGACGUGUUUUUAUGAUGCUAUGGAUCGAGAAAUUUUCUAUGAUAUAGCUGAUCUUCGACAUCUCAAGUCAAUGCGUUUCCUCAUAUAUAUACAUAUAUAUUUCCGCCGUCUUAAUCACGUAGAUAUUACAACUUACACUACUUUAUAUCGCGCAAGAUGUCCCAGAAUUGAAACAGAAAGCGGGCACAUGCAUAGCCUUACUCUUCCUGAAAUUCUAACGCCACAAAAUCUUCGACGUUUCACUCGCCAUUGGAAAUGUCGAGGCGCCGACAAUUCUCAUAAUAUUAUGAAUCGAGAACGAAGCGUUUUGGAAGCGUUAUUCGUGAUUUGAUUUCAUUAAACAGAUCCUAUCUGAGAAAUUCGGUUAACAGAAUAUUGAACAUUGUCAUUUCAGAGAACUAUGAAGACACGGAACGUUUUGAGUGUCGAAAGAUCGAAGAAUUGCAGGAAACAGUGGCAUUCUCGUCGGGAAAAAAGAAAAAAGAACGAAAGUGAUAUCGAAUCAUGCGAGAGUUGCGAAUCAUAUUUAGUUAUCCAUUGUCCGCUGCAAUUCUCGGACAUCUUGUAAAUAGUAGAUUAUUCUUUGUACAUACGUGUGUGUGCAUAUAACGAAUCAACUUAUAAUUUAUUGUUUGUGUUUGAAUCGAACAAGCGCUUUUAGGCUGUUGCGGUUUUAUUAAAGCAAUGCUAGCAAUUGAACGAGAGAAUCGAAUGUAUAGAAUUCGAAAAAUCCUCGAAAGACAAGCGAACUGUGCGCGAUUUUCGCUGUAAAAAUAAGACGAAAUAGUAGUAAGGUUUUUUUCUUAUACGAACCGAGACAGCAAAAAUUUCUGAAAGAUACCUUGAAAUGUCCAAAAGAUAUACCAUUUGUUUAGACGUCUUUCAAAAGUCUUUUACAAAUUUGCGCUGUCUGGGAAGUUUUGUUUCCGUGAAAAAAUUAAUCUUGAAAAUCUUUUCCAUCAACUCGGAUAAUACGACAUUACGUUGUCGUUGCGUCAAAUUGAUACCGAAUCAUCUCGACUCACUUUCGUACGAGAAGAAUUCUCUCGUUCUAUGCUUGCGGGUAGAAUUAUCGCUUCAUAGCCCGAUAUAUUCGCGUGAGAAUCAGUAUUCCAAUAUCCGCGAACGCGCUACGUCCAGUAUUUCUAGUCGUCCGAAUUGCUUUUGUAGAAGCAGAAAAGAAACGAACCAUCGAUAAUAAUAUCGUAGGACACGAUGAUCAUACUGUCUGUCUGUUGUCAAUUUCUAUGUAAAAAUUUAGCUAAUCGUUGAGUCGCGGUUUGUACUCGGCGCUACUUAAAUCCGUUCUCCGCCGUCGCGAUAAAUCUUUAAAUGAAAAUGUCGACGAGCUCGCGCAAAAGUCACUCGCGCGAGACGAGUUUUGUCAUUUUUUUUCUUUUUCCCCAUUUUUAUCACAGCAACGACGAUAUGCGAACUGCAACCGCUUAUGUAAAUACACAUAUAUUGCACGGAUGGGGGAGGGGGGGCUUUCUGGCGAGCGAAGCCGAAUCGCGAGACGUCACCGCGCAUUCCGCUAGGAUGAUCUUUUUUGCAUUUUGCGUUCCAUAGAUCUUUCUGGAUUUUCGUUCGAGAGACGAAGUGUAAUAAAGCGAUUCGUUGCUUUUCGAGUA